CAAAAUAUACACCCACAUACCCAGCUACCAAAUCUCCUCUCUCCUCUUUCCUCUUCCUCUCUCUCUCUCACACACACUGCGUGUACACCGUGUGUGUGGUGAAAUGGCACCAGCACUGUUGAAUCAAACCGUCUGUGUAAUGGAUGCAUCAGGCCGUUUGGGCUCCGCCCUCGUCCACCGCCUCCUUCAAAGAGGCUACGCAGUUCACGCCGCCGUGCACAACCAUGAUGAGUUGCAGUCUUUUAAGAGAUUAUCGAGUGAUAACAAGAAAUUGAGAGUAUUUGGUUCAGACCCUUUGGAUUAUCACAGCUUAAUGGAGGCAUUGAAGGGCUGUUGUGGCUUAUUUUACUCCUUCGAGCUUCCUUCAGACAACCCCACAUAUGAUGAAUUUGUGGGUGAAUUAGAAGUAAGGGCAGCACACAAUGUGCUGGAAGCUUGUGCACAGACAGACACCAUAGAUAAGGUAGUUUUUACUUCGUCUGCCACGGCGGUUAUCUGGAGAGACCAGCACAAUAGCGUCCGUUCGGAUGUCAAUGAAAGAAACUGGAGUGAUAUUAACUUCUGUAAAAAAUUUAAGCUAUGGCAUGGACUGUCAAAAACGGUGGCAGAGAAGACAGCUUGGGCAUUGGCAAUGGACAGAGGGGUGAACAUGGUUUCUAUUAAUGCAGGGUUGUUAAUGCAUCCCAAUCUUAGUAUCAAAGAUCCCUAUCUGUUGGGGGCCGCUGAGAUGUUUAAAGAUGGUGUCUUUGUUGCGGUGGACCUUGGAUUCUUAGUCGACGCUCACAUUUGCGUGUUUGAGGACUCUUCUUCUUAUGGACGAUACCUAUGUUUCAACCGUGUACUAAAUUGCAGCAAAGAUGUUGUCAAGCUCUCAUCUAUGCUUUUACCAUCUUCAUCUCCACUAGGGUUGGAGGAUGAGGGGGUCCACGAGCAGAAAAUAAGCAGCCAGAAACUGAGCAAGCUUAUGGUAGAUUUCAAUAGCGAGCUCCAAAUGGAGUGAUGUUCACUAUCCAGUUUCAAUUAUAUGUGUCACCAUAUGCAAUCAACGAUAACACGUACAGUUGUAUAUGUGUAGCGAAAAUUUAGAUGUAUCAAAAUGGGAAUUAUCAAAUUAAUAUUAAUUUAUUUUGCUAGA